GAGAUCAUAAAUUUUAUCGCAAUUGAUAUUUAAUUCACAUACAUAAUUUGUUUUAAAAUUUAGGAAUAAAUUCGUCACAAUUUGCGAUACCUAAAAAUGGUUAGUAUCCACGACAUCGUAACAACGGUUUUGGAGGCUGACGGUGAUAACUUUGUGACUGAAAAAGUCCGAAUUUCUACCAUGUUAAACGUUCCUUCACAUGACUCAGAACAGUGGAUGUCAUCAUUUCGUAAUCAGACAAUAAAUUCGUACGAGCUAUUAACGUUGAUAAUUAAAAGCUGGGUAGAACGUAACGGGGACGAAGCAAACAUUAAAUCCCUUGGAGCAAUCUUCUCAAUAAAUAUGUUUCAGGCGGCAGCAGAGGCAUUAGCUAGCUUGCCCGACUCCAAAAUCCGCCAAGCAUCGCCAAAUCCCACCACAACCCAUCCGAGACAAAUAUGCUUCGGCCUCAAAAAAGCAAUUCAUAAAUUUAUUGGUCGCGAAAAAGAACUUGAAAUACUAAAAAAUUAUCUUCACCAACGAAAUAGAAGCUGCGUUGUCAUCAGUGCAAUUGGGGGACAAGGAAAAACUGCGCUUUGUAAAAAAAUUCAUCGAAGAUCUAACCAGAAUUAAUUCCUCACCCCCGAUAAUCACGUGGCUUCAAGGGAGUAGCCCACAGGAAUUGAUUUCCUCGAUAACUGAAUUCGCCGUCUUCCUUAAUAUCCCUACAACCGAUCAUACAAAUAGGCCAAUUCCACUUUAUCUUCUUAUGGAACAAAUAGCAAGCAAGGUGAUCUCCAAAGUCACAAAUUCUGGUUGGCUGAUUGUAUUGGAUAAUGUAGAUCAAGAGUAUGAAGACUGUGCUACUGUCGUCAAAAUCCUACUUCAAAAUGAUGGAUUCGUGGUUUUGACAUCUCGAAAAAACGACAUCUAUGCAGGAGAAGUUUAUCAGCUAAGCCUCCCAACACUUUUGCCAGCCGACUCAUUAAAAUUGGUAAAUAAUUCUCUCGAAAAUGUAAUCGAAACUGACGUGACUUUGCUCUGUGAAGAACUUGGUCAUCACGCCCUGGCACUCCAACAAUCCGUUGCAUACAUCAGAGAAAAUCGUCAGAAGAGCGUCAUUGGAAAUGACUAUAACAUUCCAAAUUUUCUCGAGGAGCUUAAAGAUAAUCGCAAAAUCAUACUUCAGCAUGCUUUGAAGUUAGCCGAUUAUGACCAAACAAUCCUCACCAUAGUUCAAUUAUCGUUGUCAUCCAUUUCAAAUAAUUACGGAGAUGUUGGAAGCCUGGUGAAAACGGUGGCAGUCAUUCUGGGUGUCGUUCGCCCUGAUGGAAUACAUCUGCACAUUCUUCAAAACCUAGUUGAUAUUUAUCUUCGAAAUAAACCAGGACCUCCUCGCUCCAAAAUGUUAAGAUUAUUUUCCUGCCAACUGUUCUGUAAAACUGAAGAUGGCGCUGUUCCCACUUUAACCCAAGCGACUCCCCCAAGGACGAGAAAGGUUGUCCAGUUACUGACAAAGUUCUCUUUGGUUAACGUCGAGUCCGAGGUAAUCUCUAUUCAUCGUCUUGUGCAAGAUAUUUUUCGUCUUGAAUGUGACUACAAAGAUGCGCUGAGUAUUUUACUGAAACACGUGAAAAUAAAAGGUUUAUCCCGUGAAGAACUUGUACAAUUAAUCAGCAUUUGGGAACAUGCAGAUGAAGAAAUUGUCAAACAAAAUUCAAACCUUGUUUUUCAAAUAUUCGACAAGAUGUUUUGGUCCACGCCUGACUUGAUGAUGCACGAGAAGGAGGGAUUUCUAAAUAAAAACUACGCACUGUUACGCCAAGUAUGUGGUCCUGACCAUGCAGAAACAAUAAAAAUGGAAGUCUUUGUGUCACUUGUGUCAAAUCACGAUUGUGACCCUGCUGAAACACUGACCAAGUAUACGCAAUUAUUCGACAAAAUCCAAAUGGUAUUUGGGUCAAGACACCCCCUCACUAAUCUCACGAUAUGUUGCAUAGCUCAAACCCUUUUGAGCCUUGGUAGACCUGAGGAGGCACUCGAGUGGUGUCGAAAGAGAUUGGCGCAAGACCAUCUUCUAUGUGUUCAAGAAGAACAUAAAAUGCAUACCAUGAGCAUAAUGGCGCAGGCUUUAGUUCACCUCACGCGGUUUGAUGAAGCAAUUAUCAUUUACCAAGAGAUAUUAGAGUGGAGAAUAAAGAACCUUGGACCGUCACACGAACAUACUCUAGCAACCCUUAAUCAUUUGACCAUCUUCCCCUAUGUUGCUGGCCGCAUAACGGAGGAGGACGCCAUAACCGAAUUUGAAAACCAAUUAGGCCAGAUGGUAGACAAGCUUGGACCUGAACAUCGAAUAACGUUGAACACGAAAUACACGCUGGCCGGAGCCCUGUGGGAUAUGGGAGAUACGGAUAAAGCAUUUGUCAUGCUGGAGGAGGUCCUGCUCUCGAUGGAGAAAGCAUUUGGACCCAAUCACCGGGACACAGUCCUUGUAAGAAAAGGAAUCUCGGAGAGGAAAAUUAUGAUGGAGGAAGGGACUACUAGGAAAUGUUUAUACCCUGGUGUUAAGUGGUAAGAAAUACAAUUAGCAGAAACAUGUACUACAUGCAAUGGGAUUCUGACUUCUAAUAUUUUUGCCUGGUAGCUUUCUUGAUAUUAAGAUACGAUAACCUGCUGUGAAUAAUUCAAGUAUUUUAGUUUAAUGUACACAGUAGUUUUUACUAUUAAUACUCGUAUUAAUAUUUUCUAAAUAUUAUGUAUCUUGGAUUUAAUUUGCUAGUCAAUGAAGGUAUGUAUGUAGCAGUAAUAAAUUCAUAAUCGUUCUAUGCCGAAUUUAAAAGUAAAAAUGUAUUCCUUACUUUUAACCAUAAUUAUGCAGUUUUAUUCAUUUGAUCACAAAUUCGCUCUAUGAGAAUGAUUAAUCAAAAUACAGAAUAUAUUAAGAAUAGCGUUGACAAAUGAAAAAUUAAUAAAAUUAUUCAGUCAUUCUUCAUGAUUACGACAGGAAUAAA